AUGUCGGCUCCUUGUUGCUACUCGGGCUUCAAACAUGAGGGAACCCCCCUUGGGAAGUUCCAAGAUGUCAAUGGAGUGAACACAUAUAUCGCGACUCCAUCUCAAAACAAAGCCCCGAAGAAAGCCAUUCUUUUCUUAUCGGAUGUAUUCGGUCUCUUCGACAAUAACCUUUUAUUGACCGAUCAAUUUGCAAACAGCGGCUAUUUGACUAUCCUUCCCGAUCUUUUCAGUGGCGAUCAAGUGCCCGUCGAUGUGAUGGAAAGCGGGAAAUUCGAUUUUCCGUCGUGGGCGUCAAAGCAUGGACCUGGAGUAACGGACCCGAUUGUAAACUCGACUUUGAAGUAUAUGAAGGAGGUCCUCGGGGUGGAUUUGGUUGGUGCAGUGGGAUACUGCUACGGUGCUAUUUAUGUGAAUCGCUUCCUGAAAUCCGGGCAAAUCCAUGUCGGAUACCACGCCCACCCCUCUGGCUUCGAUUUCGCAGAUGUAUCCGAGAUCAAGGGGCCGCUUUCAAUUGCCGCCGCCGAAAUCGAUCCUGUAUACACCCCUGAGAUACGCCAUGGAACCGAAGAUAUCUUGAUCAGAACGGGCCAGCCUUGGCAAAUCAACCUCUUUAGUGGAGUGAGCCAUGGAUUUGCAGUUCGCUGUGACUUGAGCGAUCCUCAGCAGAAAUGGGCCAAGGAGCAGGCUUUUAGUCAAGCCGUCUCGUGGUUUAACCGGCAUCUCUAA